CUCGCCCGGGCGGCAGCAGCAGCAGCGGCAGCAAGAGCGGGAGGAGUGCGCGCUGGGCCCGGGCGCCAUGGCGCAGCCCCUGCAGAAGUGCCGCGCGGAGUGGCAAGCCCUGGAGGAGGAAUUCCAGCAGCUCCAGGAAACUCACAAAGUCUACAAACAGAAGCUAGAGGAACUGAACAACUUGCAGGCCGCCUGCAGCAGCUCCAUACAGAAGCAGAAGCGGGGGCUGAAAGACUUGCAGAACAGCUUCCAAAGAUGCAAGCGUGACUGCAGCCUGGAAGAAGCGGAGCUCAUACAACAAAUCGGUAGCCAAAUCAAAGAGCGGCAAAAUGUUUUCUUCGACAUGGAAGCCUAUUUGCCAAAGAAGAACGGUUUGUACUUAAAUCUCGUGCUGGGGAACGUGAAUGUCACUCUUCUAAGCAAUCAGGCCAAGUUUGCCUACAAAGACGAGUAUGAAAAAUUCAAACUGUACUUGACAAUAAUCUUAUUCCUUGGAGCAGUAGCUUGCCGAUUCGUUCUUCAUUACCGGGUGACGGAUGAAGUGUUCAACUUCCUCUUAGUUUGGUAUUACUGCACACUGACAAUAAGGGAGAGCAUCCUCAUCAGCAAUGGCUCAAGGAUUAAGGGCUGGUGGGUAUCUCAUCAUUACGUUUCUACGUUUCUAUCUGGUGUGAUGUUAACGUGGCCAGAUGGUCUCAUGUACCAAAUGUUCCGCAAUCAGUUUUUAGCAUUUUCAAUUUUUCAGAGUUGCGUCCAGUUUCUACAAUACUACUAUCAAAGUGGCUGCCUUUACAGACUCCGUGCAUUAGGGGAAAGAAACCACUUAGAUCUCACAGUGGAGGGAUUUCAGUCUUGGAUGUGGCGAGGGCUGACCUUUCUGCUCCCCUUCUUGUUCUUUGGGCAUUUUUGGCAGCUCUACAAUGCUAUCACACUUUUUGAACUGUCAAGACAUAAGAAAUGUAAAGAAUGGCAAGUUUUUGUGCUUGCACUCACAUUUCUGGUGCUCUUCCUUGGAAACUUCCUCACGACCCUGAAAGUUGUGCACGCUAAAUUUCAGAAGAACAAAAUGAAGAAAUUGUGAAGACAGAAAGUCGUGCAUGCCGGAUGCUAGAACUUGAGGUCUGGUUUCAUUUUUUCCUCUGCUGUGAUUAGACUCAUGUUCCAGACAGUCCUCCUGCUUCACCAGUGGCCCUGCAAUAAGGGAACCAUGGAGGAAAUUCCACCUGCGUUAUACUGUGAAGUCUUCCUCAUCAGACUUGCGAGUGCUUGCGCUCUCCAGCUGGUAACCGGACUAUUUAUAUUUAAUUUAAUCCAAAGCCCCUCUGGCCUUUGCUGGGAUAUAGCCAUGAGGUUGAUCCAUUCUAGGAAGAAGAUGGAUUCUCAGGAGAGAACAAAAAAGAGAUGAACUAUUCGGGAAUAAAGCAAACUUUGAUUAAA